CUCAAUUCAAUUCACAUCGUUCAACAUGUUAACUUACUUUCACUUUGAUUUUUUUAAAUUCUCAUGGCUCCAACUACAAUUAACUUUAAUUGCUCUCGGAUUAAUUUAUAUUGUGAUUCGUCGACUCAUCCAAUGGAAACGUAUAACUCACCUAAUGUCCAAAAUUCCAGGUCCACCCUGUCAUUGGCUCCUUGGACAUGCAAAGAUUGUCCUCGAAUUGGAUCGAGUUCAAUUUCCCUAUGGAACUUAUUGUCUGAUCUAUCAAAUGCUGACCUCAACUUCAUUGAUCUAUGGGAAAGAGCGGAUCGUCAGUAUGUGGCUUGGGACUCGGCCGUUCGUGUUUCUCUUCACCCCCGAGGCAGUUGAGGUUGUAUUGUCCAGUAACACACUGACCGAUAAAGCUGCAGAAUAUGAUUUUCUAAAGCCUUGGUUAGGUCUUGGUUUGGUCACUUCGAAGGGCAACAAAUGGAAACAACGACGAAAAUUAUUGACCCCAGCAUUUCAUUUUCGUAUCCUAAACGAUUUCUUGCCGAUAAUCAAUGAAAAUGCUGAAGUUCUGAUCAAUAAGUUGAACCAAUUAACCGACAAUCAAUCAGGAGAGUCAAAGGUCAUCGAUAUUCUGGACUAUAUAACUUUAACCACGCUCGAUGUUAUUUGUGAAACUGCGAUGGGAAUCAAAGUCCAUUGUCAAACUAAAGAAUCAGAAUAUGUCUCAUGUCUCCAUCAGGUCAGUGAGUUGUUUCUUAUCCGAAUCAGUCGACCUUGGUUAUGGCCUGACUGGUCAUUCGCUCUUUCGUCACAUGGUCAACGGUAUAAGAGAGCGUUAAAUGUAAUGAAAACAUUUACCAUGAAAGUAAUUAAACAACGUAAAGCUGAAUGGAUAGAGUCACAUUCCAAAAAUGGUCAGCGAUCAAAAUCAUCACCAACUAAUCAGCUGACCUGCGAUGACCAGACAAGCGAAAAACCAACCAAUGAAUAUGGAGCUAAACGAAUGGCCUUUCUUGACCUUCUCAUGGAGCAUCAUCUCCAAAACCACGUGAUGACCAUUGAAGAUGUUCGAGAAGAAGUGGACACUUUCAUGUUCGCGGGUCAUGAUACAACUGCGAUGUCCAUUAGUUGGACGCUUUACAUUCUCGGUUUGUACAAAGAUAUUCAAGAUAAGGUUCGAGAUGAAAUCGACUCAGUUUUAGAAUCAGAUUACAACAAUCAAGAUGAACAAUUUACUGGAUUUACAAUUAACCAGUUGAAACAAAUGAAGUAUUUAGAUUGCGUUCUGAAGGAGGUACAAAGAGUCUACCCAGUGGCCCCGUUCAUCGGUCGAGAAUUAUCUGAGGACACAAUGAUUAAUGGCUACCUCGUUCCGAAAGGUACUACUUGCGCUAUUUUCACUUAUUUGCUUCAUCGAAAUGAGGAAACUUUCCCAAACCCUGAACAUUUCGAUCCUGAUCGAUUUCUCCCUGAAAACUGCUCAGGUCGACAUCCCUACUCUUAUAUACCCUUUUCUGCUGGACCUCGAAAUUGUAUUGGUCAAAAGUUUGCCGUGAUGGAGGAAAAGGCCAUUCUAGCGAUGGUGCUUAGAUCGUUUUCGGUAAGGUCAGUUGAUGAGCGGGACAAGCUAGUAAUUAGCGGGGAAAUGGUACUUCGAUCUCGAAAUGGUCUUAGAAUUGUUCUGUCUCGAAGAAAACUUGGAAAAGACUUUGAUGAAACUUCAAUUGGUUCAAAGUGUAAUAACAAUCAACUUAAUUGUAAACACAAUUCACUUUCUAAUCAACCAGUGACUAGAAAUAUCUAAGUUCAAAUAAUUAAAUUGUUCAAAAUUAAUGUACCAAUCACUAAACUAAUUACCUCUUGAAUUUUUAAAUCAUCAUUAAUAAUCAACACUUUUGUCAACAAUCAGUAAAUUAAAUGUCAUCAAAGUUGUAUGAUUGAUUAAAUCAACUCAAUGUAAAUGUCAAUCUUGUUUACAAUUAAAUUAUUUCCAGCCC